CUGCUGGCUCCUCGGGUCACCGGGAGGAGUCCUUGCGCUCCUACAAGCGGGUGCUGAACUGCUCUAAGGAGGAGGAUGCUUGUGUUUUGUCCGUUAGGGCUUGCUGCUUGUUUACCGUGAUGGAUGGUGGUGCUGUUAAAGUGUUACAUGGAUGCUGGUUUGUUGCUGUAGGCAUGUGUUUCUGGCCUCUCAAAUAAAGGAAAGGCAAUGUUCUGGCCACGCAGCAACCCUGAGGUGUGCAGUAUUCAGAUCUGCACCACUCUGCUCUGCCUUCCUCCCACCUGAGCUCUGAACUUGUGUCCUUUCUUUCUCUAUACAGUAAUUAUGGCUCUUACAUUGCCCUGUGGAAGGAUUUCUGCUGCCCCUUGUCCUACCACUGUCUCUGGUGUUUUUCUUCUUUUCUCUUUUGCCUUCUCUGUUCCUCCAUUCCUGAUGUUUUUGGUCUGCUCUAUUUGAGCUUCUCUCAUAUUUUUUCCGUGUCUGUAUUUCCUUUUCAUCCCCUUAUACUGUUCUGGAGACUGCGUCUUGGCUCUGCCACAUCUGUGUUGCUCUUUAUUUUAAGAUUUAUUUGGGAUCCAGAUUGCAGAUCUUUCCUCUUCCUAAUGCUUUUUCAUGGUACCUCUAGGUAGAGUAUUCAGUUAGUGGAAAUACCCUGUGCAUUAUAACUUACGUAUUUUGUUUACCAAGGUUGCUCCCCUGACUAGUUAUUAUGGCAUUACCAAAUGUCUUUCUCUCUACAUAACUUUAAGAUUCACUCACCUGCAAUUUUUGACAAAUGGUCUCCAACAAGGAUUAUGUUGGUGUACGUGCAUCACUGUCAGGCAAACCUUCAAACUCCAACUGUUGCUGCUGUUGCUUCUGCCAUGAUUGACUGACAGAUGAGAACCAGAAUGUCUCAAAAAGGAGCCACAAGUUACAAUGAAUCUGAAUUUACCAAGAGCAAAACACUGCGAAUGAGGAAACAGACCAGUCAAUUCAGAAGAGCAAAAAGGCACUGGUCUCAACGUGAAUCCAUGGCCACCCCACGGCACUUUAGCAGUUGCUUCCAAAAUCCGUUACCUUCAAGAAUACCACAACCGGGUUCUCCACAACAUUUACCCUGUGCCCUCUGGAACUGACAUUGCAAAUACUUUGAAAUACUUUUCUCAGACACUAUUGAGCAUUUUGUCCCGCACAGGGAAGAAGGAGAAUCAAGAUGCCUCCAAUUUGACAGUGCCCAUGACCAUGUGUCUUUUUCCUGUGCCAUUCCCACUCACCCCAUCUCUAAGACCACAGGUCAGUUCCAUCAACCCUACUGUUACUCGCUCCCUCCUUUACAGCGUCCUGCGAGAUGCUCCAUCUGAACGUGGCCAGCAAAGUCGUGAUGCUCAGUUAUCAGACUACCCAUCUUUGGACUAUCAAGGACUUUACGUGACACUGGUGACACUGCUGGAUCUAGUUCCAUUGCUACAACAUGGUCAACAUGAUCUUGGCCAGUCAAUUUUUUACACUACUACAUGCUUGCUUCCUUUUCUCAAUGAUGAUAUUUUGAGUACUUUACCCUAUACAAUGAUUUCAACAUUAGCUACCUUUCCUCCAUUUCUGCACAAGGAUAUUAUAGAGUAUCUCAGCACAUCUUUUCUGCCUAUGGCUAUCUUGGGCUCCUCAAAAAGGGAAGGUGUUCCAGCACAUGUCAAUCUAUCAGCAUCAUCAAUGCUAAUGAUUGCAAUGCAGUACACAUCAAACCCAGUGUAUCACUGCCAGUUAUUGGAAUGCCUCAUGAAAUAUAAACAAGAAGUAUGGAAAGAUUUGCUAUAUGUCAUAGCCUAUGGACCAUCUCAAGUUAAACCUCCAGCAGUACAAAUGUUAUUUCACUAUUGGCCCAAUUUAAAACCACCUGGGGCAAUCAGUGAGUACAGAGGACUGCAGUACACAGCCUGGAAUCCUAUUCAUUGCCAGCACAUUGAAUGCCAUAAUGCAAUUAACAAGCCCGCUGUGAAGAUGUGCAUUGAUCCAUCCUUGUCUGUGGCUUUGGGUGAUAAACCACCUCCCCUUUAUCUUUGUGAAGAAUGCAGCCAGAGAAUUGCAGGGGAUCACAGUGAAUGGUUGAUUGAUGUUCUUCUACCACAAGCUGAAAUUUCUGCUAUAUGUCAGAAGAAGAACUGUAGUUCCCAUGUCAGAAGAGCUGUUGUUACGUGCUUCUCAGCGGGAUGCUGUGGCCGCCAUGGCAACAGGCCAGUGCGCUAUUGCAAAAGAUGCCAUUCAAAUCAUCACAGCAGUGAAGUUGGGGCAGCAGCAGAAACCCACCUUUACCAGACCUCACCACCCCCAAUCAAUACACGGGAGUGUGGGGCAGAGGAGCUUGUGUGUACUGUAGAAGCUGUGAUCAGCCUGCUGAAAGAAGCAGAGUUCCACGCUGAGCAGAGAGAGUAUGAGCUCAACCGCAGGAGGCAGAUGGGCCUCUCCUCUUCCCAUCACUCCCUGGACAACACAGACUUUGAUAAUAAAGAUGAUGACAAACAUGACCAACGCCUCCUAAGCCAGUUUGGAAUCUGGUUCUUGGUGAGCCUUUGCACUCCCAGUGAGAAUACACCCACAGAGAGUUUAGCAAGGCUGGUUAGCAUGGUAUUCCAGUGGUUUCACUCUACAGCUUACAUGAUGGAUGAUGAAGUUGGUAGCCUGGUUGAAAAACUGAAACCCCAGUUUGUUACUAAGUGGUUGAAGACAGUUUGUGAUGUUCGCUUUGAUGUCAUGGUUAUGUGCCUCCUUCCUAAACCAAUGGAAUUUGCCAGGGUUGGUGGAUACUGGGACAAAUCGUGUAGUGCUGUGACCCAAUUAAAAGAAGGGCUGAACCGAAUCCUUUGCCUGAUUCCGUACAAUGUAAUAAACCAGCCGGUGUGGGAAUGUAUUAUGCCAGAGUGGCUGGAAGCUAUAAGGACAGAAGUGCCUGAUAAUCAACUGAAAGAAUUCCGGGAAGUGUUAAGCAAAAUGUUUGACAUUGAACUUUGCCCUCUCCCUUUCUCUAUGGAGGAGAUGUUUGGCUUCAUUAGUUGUCGAUUCACAGGGUAUCCAUCCUCUGUGCAAGAGCAAGCAUUGCUUUGGCUGCAUGUGUUAUCUGAACUUGACAUUGUUGUUCCUCUUCAGUUACUAAUCAGCAUGUUUUCUGAUGGAGUUAAUUCUGUAAAAGAGUUAGCAAAUCAAAGAAAAUCCAGAGCCAGUGAACUGGCGGGAAAUCUGGCAGCUCGGAGGGUAAGCGUUGCUUCUGACCCUGGGCGCAGAGUUCAGCACAACAUGCUGAGUCCUUUCCCAAGUCCCUUCCAGAGCCCAUUUAGGAGUCCAAUACGUAGUCCUUUUCACAGUCCCUUCAAGAACUUUGGACACCCCAGUGGAAAGACAAUUGACUUUGACUGUGAGGAUGAUGAAAUGAAUCUUAAUUGCUUCAUUCUGAUGUUUGAUCUCAUCUUGAAGCAGAUGGAACUCCAGGAUGAUGGUGUCACUUUGGGCUUAGAGAACAGCAUUUCAAAAGAUAUAAUAUCCAUCAUAAACAAUGUGUUCCAGGCACCUUGGGGUGGUUCUCACAGCUGUCAGAAAGAUGAAAAAGCAGUUGAAUGUGGUCUGUGUCAGUCCAGCAUUCUGUGUUACCAGCUGGGUUUUGAGCUGCUGGAACAGCUUGCUCCAAAAGAAGAAAUUAGACUUGUGGAGCCCACAGAUAACCUUGAGGAUAGUCUUCUGUAUACUAGACCUGAGUUUAUUAUAGGAACUGAAGGAGAAGAAGAUGACAAAUCAGCACCAAAACAUGGAGAAAACCCAGGAAAUCACACAGAGACCACAGAAAAUGCUGCAAUAAAGAAUGACACAGAAAGAAAAUUUUGUUAUCAGCAACUUCCAGUUACCUUGAAGCUCAUAUACACUAUACUGCAGGAAAUGUCAAGAUUUGAAGAACCAGACAUUCUUUUUAACAUGCUGAACUGUCUGAAGAUUCUUUGUCUUCAUGGGGAAUGCCUGUAUAUAGCAAGAAAGGACCAUCCACAAUUUCUUGCUUAUAUUCAAGAUCACAUGCUGAUUGCAAGCUUAUGGGGAGUUGUGAAGUCUGAAUUCUCUCAGCUUUCUUCCCUGGCAGUCCCACUUCUUCUUCAUGCACUUUCGCUUCCCCAUGGAGCUGACAUUUUCUGGACAAUCAUAAACAGCAAUUUCAACAGCAAAGAUUGGAAGAUGAGGUUUGAAGCAGUGGAGAAAGUGGCUGUGAUGUGCAGAUUUUUGGAUAUCCACUCCGUGACAAAAAACCACCUACUGAAGUACUCUUUGGCUCAUGCAUUCUGCUGUUUCCUGACUGCUGUGGAAGAUGUCAACCCAGCAGUAGCUACAAGAGCUGGACUAUUGCUUGACACCAUAAAACGGCCAGCUUUACAGGGUCUUUGCCUCUGCCUCGAUUUCCAGUUUGACACAGUUGUCAAGGACAGGCCCACAAUUCUUAGUAAGCUUUUGCUACUUCAUUUUCUAAAAGCGGAUAUUCCAGCUUUGAGCUGGGAGUUCUUUGUGAAUCGCUUUGAGACCUUGUCUCUGGAAGCACAGCUUCAUCUGGACUGCAACAAAGAAUUCCCUUUCCCAACAACUAUCACUGCUGUCCGGACAAAUGUCGCCAACCUCAGUGAUGCAGCAAUGUGGAAGAUCAAGAGGGCUCGUUUCGCACGUAACCGUCAGAAGAGUGUGCGUUCCCUGAGGGACAGUGUGAAGGGACCAGUGGAGUCAAAGAGAGCGCUCUCCCUCCCAGAAACCUUAACCACCAAAAUUCCUGUGAGCUUGACCAGACACGAGCAGUCUGCUCCAGCACUUGGCGGAACACCAGAGCAAACACCAGGACAACCCUCCCCAGAGAAUGAUAAUACAAUAAAAGACCUACUGCCAGAGGAUGCUGGGAUUGAUCACCAGACUGUUCAUCAGCUGAUUACUGUGCUAAUGAAGUUCAUGGCAAAGGAUGAGAGCAGCGCUGAGUCCGACAUCAGCAGUGCUAAAGCUUUUAACACAGUCAAGCGCCAUCUGUAUGUCCUGCUUGGUUAUGACCAGCAGGAAGGAUGCUUCAUGAUUGCACCACAAAAAAUGCGUGUUUCAACCUGCUUUAAUGCUUUUAUUGCUGGGAUAGCACAAGUGAUGGACUAUAACAUCAACCUGGGAAAACACCUUCUUCCUUUGGUGGUCCAGGUAUUGAAAUACUGUACUUGUCCUCAGCUAAGGCAUUACUUUCAGCAGCCUCCUCGCUGCUCUCUCUGGUCCCUCAAGCCUCACAUUCGGCAGAUGUGGUUAAAGGCUUUACUUGUCAUUCUCUAUAAGUACCCCUACAGAGACUGUGAAAUCAGCAAGAUUGUACUUCACCUAAUCCACAUCACAGUCAAUACCCUCAACGCUCAAUAUCACAGCUGCAAGCCCCAUGCAACUGCUGGUCCUUUGUAUAGCGACAACAGUAACAUAAGCCGAUACAGUGAAAAGGAAAAAGCAGAGGAAGACAGUGUUUUUGAUGAAUCUGAUAUUCAUGAUACACCGACUGGCCCUUGCAAUAAAGAAUCUCAAACAUUCUUUGCAAGACUGAAAAGAAUUGGUGGCAGCAAAAUGGUGAAAUAUCAACCUGUUGAGAUGAAUGUUCAGAGAAGUGAAAUAGAGCUGGCUGAAUAUAGAGAGACGGGGGCCUUACAAGACAGUAUUCUGCGCUGUGUGAGAGAAGAAAGCAUUCAGAAAAAAAAACUGCGCUCUCUAAAACAAAAAUCUCUUGAUAUAGGGAAUGCAGACUCCCUGUUGUUUACAUUAGAUGAACAUCGCAGGAAGUCCUGCAUAGACCGGUGUGACUUAGAAAAGCCACCUGUCCCCGCUGCUUACAUCAUACACAGACAGAGUGACUAUGGACGAUCUCGGCAGAAUUCUUCUACCAAAGCUGAAAACAUAGAAAUACAAGAAAAUCCUCCUCCUACAGAGAGUUUUCAGGAAACAAGAAGACCCGUCAUACCAGAAGUUAGGCUAAACUGCAUGGAAACCUAUGAAGUGAAGGUAGACUCUCCGCUUAAACCUGCUGGUCCCAAGGAAGACUUAGAUCUGAUAGAUCUGUCCUCUGACUCAACAUCAGGUCCUGAAAAGCAUUCGGUACUCUCCACUUCAGACAGUGAUUCUUUAGUCUUUGAACCACUUCCUCCCCUGAGAAUAGUGGAGAGUGAUGAAGAAGAAGAAACAACAAACCAGUUAAACGAUGAAGUCUCUGGUAAAACUGCUGUGUCGUCUCCCUCAACUCCUAUUGAUGUUUCUGCAUUAAGCCUCAGCACAACUCCUCUGGUCCAGUUCAGCAUUGAAGAUUGCUCGAAGGACUUUAAUUCUAAGGAUGCAAGCAACAGUGCUUCAGCAGGAAUAGAGGAGUUGCUUUCCAUUUCUCCCAAAGGUAAAAAGGACUCUUCAGAGUUAUCUAAGCCAGAGGAACCUCAGGACAUACACAGUGGGAACCCGCUAACGCUGAAACAGAAAAGGGACCUGCUGCAGAAGUCGUUUGCCCUUCCAGAAAUGUCCAUUGAUGAUAACUCUGAGCUCAGUGUGGAGGAAAUUAGGCCUAGUGGAGCAAUUCCAAGCCCAAAUGUAAAAACAGUCCUUAUUAAAGUCCCUGAGGAUUCUGAAAACCAAACAGAAAGUGAUAAACUUGCUGGGUUAAACAACACAGAGUCUGACACUGAGCAAAACACAGAGCAAAAACAAGAGGAGGAGACUGAGGAGUCAGAAUUUAAGAUUCAGAUUGUUCCCCGCCAGAGGAAGCAGAGGAAGAUUGCUGUGAGUGCUAUUCAGAGAGAAUACCUGGACAUUUCCUUUAACAUCCUUGACAAGCUGGGAGAGCAGAAGGAGGCAGAUCCUGCUGCCAAAGGACUUUCAACUCUGGAAAUGCCAAGAGAAUCAUCUUCUGCACCAACCCUUGAGGCAGGUGUCCCAGAGACAAGUAGUCACUCUUCCAUAUCAACUCAGUUCAGACAAAUGAAAAGAGGCUCUUUGGGAGCUCUGACAAUGAACCAGCUAAUGAAGAGGCAGCUGGAACACCAGUCUAGUGCUCCCCACAAUAUCAGCACUUGGGAUACUGAGCAGAUACAGCAUGGAAAGCGGCUGUGCAAUGUCCCUGUUUGCCUAAACCCUGACUUGGAGGGACCACCACUAAGAAUCAGAGGUGCCACAAAAUCUAGCUUGCUGUCAGCACCCAGUAUAGUCAGUAUGUUUGUGCCUGCACCAGAAGAAUUUGCUGAUGACCAGCCCACUGUGAUGACUGACAAGUGCCAUGAUUGCGGAGCUGUUCUUGAAGAAUAUGAUGAAGAAACACUAGGCCUGGCCAUAGUUGUGCUCUCAACCUUUAUUCACCUUAGUCCAGACUUGGCUGCUCCUCUGUUGUUGGACAUCAUGCAGUCUGUUGGACGGUUGGCAUCGAGUACCAGUUUCUCUAAUCAAGCAGAAAGCAUGAUGAUCCCUGGAAAUGCUGCAGGUGUGGCCAAGCAAUUCCUCCGCUGUGUUUUCCAUCAGCUGGCUCCGAAUGGCAUCUUCCCCCAGCUCUUCCAGAGCAAUAUUAAAGAUGGAAGUUUUUUACGGACCUUGGCCACCUCUCUUAUGGACUUCAGUGAGCUGAGUUCCAUCGCUGCUCUGAGCCAGCUAUUAGAGGGUUUAAACAACAAAAAGAACUUACCAGCAGGGGGUGCGAUGCUACGCUGUUUAGAAAAUAUUGCUACAUUUAUGGAAGCCUUGCCGAUGGAUUCACCCAGCAACCUGUGGACUACAAUUAGUAAUCAAUUUCAGACCUUUCUUACCAAACUCCCUUGUGUUUUGCCACUUAAGUGUUCUUUAGAUUCUAGUUUAAGAAUAAUGAUUUGCUUGUUGAAGAUACCUACCACUAGUGCCACCAGGAGUCUUCUGGAACCUUUUUCAAAAUUACUAAGCUUUGUAAUUCAGAAUGCUGUCUUCACUCUGGCCUACCUGGUGGAACUGUGUGGUUUGUGCUACCGAGCCUUCACUAAGGUAACGAGACUAUAUCUUCCAUUAGAGACCACUGAAAAUAGGACAGACAAAGUCCUACUUCCCUCAAGUAGGAUGUCUGAAAGGGACAAAUUCUACUUGACACGCAGUGUCAUAUUGGAGUUGCUACAGGCACUGAAGUUAAAGUCACCCUUACCAGACAUGAAUCUCUUGCUGUUGGUGCAGUUUGUUUGUGCAGAUGCUGGAACUAAACUAGCUGAGUCAACAAUCUUGCAUAAACAGAUGAUUGCCUCUAUGCCUGGAUGUGGAACAGCAGCAAUGGAAUGCAUGAGGCAGUAUGUUGGGGAAGUGCUGGAUUUCAUUGCAGAUAUGCAUACCUUGACCAAAUUAAAGAGUCACAUGAAGACUUGUUCUCAGCCACUGCAUGAAGACACAUUUGGUGGGCAUCUGAAAGUUGGUUUAGCUCAGAUUGCUGCUAUGGAAAUCACACGAGGAAACCACAGAGACAACAAAGCUGUGAUCCGAUAUUUGCCUUGGCUUUACCAUCCUCCUUCUGCGAUGCAACAAGGGCCCAAAGAGUUCAUAGAAUGUGUUUCACAUAUUCGUUUGCUGUCCUGGCUACUCCUGGGGUCUCUGACACACAAUGUUGUCUGUCCAAAUUCUCCAUCAUCUUGCAUGCCUAUUCCACUGGAUGCAGGUUCACAAAUUGCUGACCACCUUAUUGUUAUUCUGAUUGGGUUUCCAGAGCAAUCGAAGACAUCUGUUCUGCACAUGUGUUCCCUCUUCCAUGCAUUUAUAUUUGCUCAGCUCUGGACAGUGUAUUGUGAACAAACGGCAGUAGCUCCGACAGUCCAGAAUCAGAACGAAUUUAGCUUUACAGCAAUCCUUACAGCCCUGGAGUUCUGGAGCCGAGUGACACCUAGCAUCCUACAGCUAAUGGCACAUAACAAAGUGAUGGUGGAAAUGGUGUGUCUACAUGUGAUUAGUUUAAUGGAGGCUUUACAGGAAUGCAACUCCACUAUCUUUGUAAAGCUAAUACCCAUGUGGUUGCCAAUGAUACAGUCAAAUCUAAAGCAUUUAUCUGCUGGACUCCAGCUACGCCUCCAAGCCAUCCAGAGCAAUGUCAACCAUCACAGCCUAAGAAUGUUACAGGGGUCAGGACAAAUGAACAAUAGCUCGUCUGUGCUCCGCAAAUGGCUGCAGUGUACCCAAUUUAAAAUGGCUCAAGUGGAAAUUCAGUCAUCGGAAGCUGCAUCUCAAUUUUAUCCUUUAUGAUUAAUGUCAAUUGUUCCAAACGUUCAUUUUUAGUCUAGCAAUAACAGGGUGAUAGCUGUAGAAAACUUGUUUUU